AUGCGAAUGUGGUGGCUCCCAAGCCAGCUCUCAUCGCGUGAGUCGAAGAAGCCGCGCGCGCCCAGUGAAGCCCAGAAGAAGCGCCGGCAACAAGCAGAAGCCAGGGAAUCAAAACUGCACACAGAUGUGGAUCACGGAGAGGGCCGCAUCAAGUAUGUCUUGACCGGAGAAGGGGCUGGCACGGUCUUCGUCAUCGACGAGAAGACGGGCAACAUCCAUGUCACCAAGACGUUGGAUCGAGAGGAGAAGGCACAGUAUACGUUACUGGCUCAAGCGGUAGAUCGGGCCUCCAACCGGCCUCUGGAGCCCCCCUCCGAGUUCAUUAUCAAAGUCCAGGACAUUAAUGACAACCCGCCCGUCUUCCUUCAGGGCCCCUAUCACGCCACCGUGCCGGAGAUGAGCAAUGUCGGUACGUCCGUGAUCCAGGUGACAGCGCACGAUGCGGACGAUCCGACCUACGGGAACAGCGCCAAGCUGGUCUAUACGGUACUCGAGGGCUUGCCGUUCUUCUCCGUCGACCCCCAGACGG